UAGUUUGGCGCGGCUUUUGUGUUUGUGAGGAGAGGGUGGUGCAGAGUGAAAGGCAUUCACAUCCUGCAAACAUGUCGCACACGUCUCAGAAGCACAGGGACUUCGUGUCCGAGCCUAUGGGCGACAAACCAAUAAUGGCAUUAGCUGGUAUCGGUGAAGUUCUUGGAGGCAAAUUAGAAGAACUUGGCUUUGAUAAGGCAUAUGUACUUCUGGGACAGUUUUUGAUACUGAGGAAGGAUGCAGAUGAUCUCUUCAAAGACUGGCUGAAAGAUGCCUGCGGGGCAAAUUCUCGUCAAGCAGAGUUGUGCUCGUCCUGUCUGAAGGAGUGGUGUUCAUCCUUUCUAUGAUGGGCACUUUUUGCAGAUUUGUUUAACAUCUCUGCAAGUGGAGUUAAAACUUUUACAUGCAGUCAAAAUGCA